UAGUAGACAUUAUUUGACUCUGAGGAACGGACCGUGUCAGUAUUUUCACGUCGCUACAGUAGCUAGACUUCCGUGGAAGAAAGCUAGGCUGAGGUCCCGAGAAGCGGCAGGAGGGCGUGGGAGUCUUGGGACGAGAAACAUUGUAUAUUUCACUGGUGAAGGAGUGGAGGUUUGCAACGGACAGCCACGUGAAGGCUUCGGACUCACGCGGGGGACUUCGCCGAGCGAGGAAGUGCGGAGGCACGGGACGGAACUCGCGCUCGGCGUGGAUGAGAGCGGCCGUGAGUCGCGGUGAACAUCAGACGGGAUGGGCGCGGAGGCAGCGGAUGCCCGACGCUUCUUGGACGAGUUUGUGAAGGAGUUUCCGGAACCGCUGGGGCCAGACGACCCCCUGCCCCUCAGCCCGCUCAGCGGCAGGGUUAGCCCAGACGAGGUCCGGGGGGAGAGCCUGGACCUGGCGCUCCGACUGCUGGCCGCGAGGAAUGCCCCGCCCCUCCUGAGCUCGGCCCUGUCCCAUGCUGCACUGGUGGAGCUCCUAAAGAGUGACCUCACCCCCUACCAUCUCCCCACGGACUCUGAGCAGGACAGCUUGUUACUCCUGUCUGAACCUCUCCAGCGCUUUUUCUUCAAUAAGCUACGGGAGGUGGUGUUCACCUGGGCAAAGAGAAGCCCGGCCCCUCCGGCAGGCCCCGCCCGCCCCCUCUGGACCUCCGUCCACGCCAUCCGCAAUGCGCGCAGGAAGAUGGAGGACCGUCACGUGACGCUCCCUGAAUUCAACCAGCUCUUCGGGCUGCAGGACGGGGUGCAUCGUGGGUACUUCGCAGUGUUUGACGGACAUGGCGGGGUCGACGCGGCCACGUACGCUGCCACUCAUCUGCACGUGGUCCUCGGUUACCAUGACGACCUGAAGAGCGACCUGGCCAGUGCGCUGAAGAGAGCCUUCACGCGUACAGACGACAUGUUCAGGGAGAAAGCCAAGAGAGAGCGUCUGCGCAGUGGCAGUACAGGCGUGGCAGUCAUGCUGGCUGGUGAUUGGCUGCACGUGGCCUGGCUGGGUGACUCCCAGGUGAUGCUGGUUCGUCAGGGAGAACCCGUCACUCUGAUGGAGCCUCACAAACCCGAGAGAGAGGACGAGAAGCGCAGGAUCGAGGAUCUGGGCGGCUGCAUCGCCUUCAUGGGAUGCUGGCGUGUCAACGGCACUUACGCUGUUUCCAGGGCAAUCGGUGACUUUGACCAGAAGCCGUACAUCUCCAGCGAGGCGGACUGCGCGGCCGAGAGGCUGACCGGGGGCGAGGACUACGUGCUGCUGGCGUGCGACGGCUUCUUCGAUGCGGUGCGGCUGGCCGAGGUGCCGGGGCUGGUGCAGGCGGGGCUGCGGGAGAGCGGGGGGCGGGGGGGUCCCGUGGCCCAGCACCUGGUGGGGCACGCCAAGAGUGCCGGGUCCAGCGACAACAUCACCGUGCUGCUGGUGUUCCUGCGAGACCCCGCCCUGCUGCUGCAGGAGGCUGCGCCCCCCCAAGGCCCCGCCCCCGCACCGGACCAGAGUACAGCGGAACAGUGAGUGUGGGACAGACCCCCUCCCCCACCCCCCGAUUUUAUUUACAGACGUUUUUCUACAGUUCCUCAGAGACUUCCAGGGGGUAUUUAAACACCAGCCUGCCCUGGGACUGCACCACAGAGGGGUAUUUAAGCACCAACCUGCCUGGUCCCUGGAAGGUCACUGGAAGAGCAGCUUGCGCAGGGAGGGGGGGUGUGGCGUGUUCUAGGGCUUGUUUGUACAAGGGUAAGGUACGCAUACUGGUGUUUGCAUUGUGGGUGUGUUACUGUUUUCACACCGAACUGACCUGAGAAAAAAUCUCUCUCUCUUCUUCAGCAUAACAGAACAUUAUGUACUAAAUCCACAGAAGUCCGGGAUAACUGGGGGUUGAUUCUGCUUUACCGCUGUGUAAAUGGGGAUUGAUUCUACAGCGUAGCUGGGGAUUGACUCUAUCACAGUGUACCUGGGGAUUGAUUCUACAGCAUAGCUGGGGAUUGACUCUAUCACAGUGUACCUGGGGAUUGAUUCUACAGCGUAGCUGGGGAUUGACUCUAUCACAGUGUACCUGGGGAUUGAUUCUGUACUUCACCACAGCCCAUUUCCCAGCAUGCCGUGGGCCUGCACAUUUUUCUGGGUCACUCUAAACCAUCCAUCAGUAAGCCAAUCAAACGCUCUGCCACCUGGACUAACCGCGGCCAAGGAUGGAUGCACAGACCAGCAGCCACUGGGGCUGGUGACCUCAGCUUUGAGAGGCGGAGCUUGGCUGUUUUGCAGGUUUCUCUCUGUCCGCUCUGCAGAAUCAGGCGCUGAGCUCUGCAGGCAGGCAGCGGAGCAGCAGGUCUGUUCCAGGAAACGCUUUAAUCAGGGGUCGAGCGCACAGCCUGACUCAUCUCCGGCCCACAAUGCCGUGUGCCUGUCUGACGGGAAGCGUUUGGGUGGUGAUGUCACCGCACCUCCUGAUUGAUAUCAGUGCCUGAUAUCACAGUUCAAACGGUUUGGCCACUUCCAGUGACAGGAAAAUUGCAGAAAAUAACCUUAAUAAAAACAGUAUAAAAAAGCCACUGCAUAAAAGAGCAAAGGGUCUUAGCAGCCUGAUCAGACUGCCUGUCCCUCAUGCAGCCUGUUCCACACCCUGCCUGUCCCACACACAGCCUGUCCCUCAUGCAGUCUGUUCCACACCCUGCCUGUCCCACACACAGCCUGUCCCUCAUGCAGUCUGUUCCAGACCCUGCCUGUCUCACACACAGCCUGUCCCUCAUGCAGCCUGUUCCACACACAGCCUGUCCCUCAUGCAGCCUGUCCCACACCCUGCCUGUCCCUCAUGCAGCCUGUCCCACACCCUGCCUGUCCCACACGUUGGGCUGUUUGAUGAGUGUAAGAAACCAGACUGAAUACGAGAGCUGAUCAGCCGGCCUCUCUGCAGCUCAGUCCUGCUUUCAGUGACCUUCACAGGUGACCACAAACCCCAACAACGGACAGAAACACCAGCCCCCAGAUCUGUGUGCAGCUGGGGCACGUUUCAAAGACAGAAACCCUGGGUUGAAUGUCAGGGAGAGCCGUUAGUGUGUAGCUUCAGACUCUGGGCUCAGUCCUGCUUCCAUUGUGCAUGUUUGCAGAAUCUCCCUCUCUAAGCAACUGUGACCUGCAUCCAAACACACAGGGAAUCUGGGAAGUGAUAUUAAUUUCUAACCAGGACAGCAGAAUUUCUGCCCACGUUUGCAAGAAUUCAAGCUCCAGUCGGAAGGAUUUGUUGCAAGUGGAUAUUAUACAGUAUUAGACUUUUGUGUGUUUUUUGUGCUAAUGAGAUUGCAUGCUACGUUUGUACUCACAUAAUGUUGAUAUAAUGGCUGCUUUCUUUAUUAACUGGUUCAUUGUUUUUAGGUGACCGAAAAUGAAAAUCUUCCUUCAGGGUAGUGUAGUGCUGAGGAGGAAACAGUUCUUUUUUUGAGCUUGUGCAUUUACUGUAACUGGAAACAGCCCCAGAUUGUGUUACUGUGUAAUUUUAUACCAGCGUGCAAGUGCCUUAACCCACCUCAUAAACAACAGUAAAUAUCCAAAUAUCACAAUCCGACAGUCAUUAAAUAUUGGUUUCAGUCACCCUCAUUCCAAAUCCUUAAUAUUGAACAUUCUAUUUCAGAGACCUUGGAAAUCCUGAAUCUUUUUUGUUAUGUUCGGGGGGGGGGGGGGGGGUCAGUGCACCUGUGUGCACUGGGACUAGGAGCCCUCCUGACCUCAGGUUAGGCUGAGACUGACUGAUCUCAGUUUAGGCUAGGACCAACUGAUCUCUGGUUUGGUUGGAACUUCGUUGGAACUGCGUUGGACUGAGUUGUCGGACCUCUUGUCCGGACAGACAUGUUACAGUGUUACAUUUUUCAUUUCCAUCGUUGCUUUGUGAUCACACUUUGCUGGGCUCCACGGUGUUGUGUAUGUGUGAGGGAGUCACACACAAGACAGCGUUUAUCUGUGUGAUUUAUCUGCCUGCCUCACAGCUGUUUUUUAGGUGGGUGAAAGUGUUAAUGAAAUGCCAGCCUUGGACACUGCCGUUCUCCUUGCCAAAACCAUAAUGUAUUGUGUAAAUCUGUAUUAAACCAUAACUGAUAAUCCGUCUUGUCAUAAUGUGUCUGUUUUUUAGGUUUGAUUUGAUUGAAAUGGUCGUAACUGUGCAGUAUUACAUGCCUCUGGAUUACUGUGUGGGAUCUGCUGUAAUCUGUAAUUAAAUACUCAAGAUAAAUGAUUCUAAUUUGCUUUCUUUUUUUGUACUACGGUGUGAUGAAAAACAGGAUUAAAGAAAUUAAAGACA